CUUUAAAAGAUCGAGAAGAGAGGUAGGUGGUGACAAUGCUAACUUGGCAAACAUUUUCAGCACAUAUAAUAUAAAACCGUAGCUGUCUUAGAAUGGAUGCCAGGUUGAGGGAGGCUGCUUAUGAAGGAAACAUCGAACGCUUGUAUGCAUUAAUUCGAGAGGAUCCAAGUAUUUUGGAGUGCAAUAUCGAUGAUAAAUUGUUAGCUGAGACUCCUUUACAUGUGGCUGCAUCAACUGGUAACCAUCACUUCGCCGCAGAAGUCAUGAGGUUGAAGCCGUCGUAUGCCAGGAAGCUCAACCCGGAUGGCCUUAGUCCCAUGCACCUUGCUCUUCUAGGUAAGCAUGAUCGCAUGGUGGAGUGGUUCGUCUCGAUUGACAGCAGCCUAGUCCACGACAAAGGAAGAGACGGCACAACUCCUUUGCAUCAUGCGGUUGCUGUGGAAAAUGUCAAUCUUUUGAGAUUGUUCCUAUUGGCUCGCCCACGCUCUAUUGAAGAUUUGAUAGCUAGACGAGAAACUGCACUGCAUAUUGCUCUCAAAUUCCACAAUCAGCAAAUUUUUGAAGUGUUGGUGGAAUGGCGAAAAAGGGUUGAGAAGGAAGACAUCUUGAAUUGGGCUGACGAGGAUGGCAACACUCUCUUGCAUAUGGCAACAUCAAAAAAUCAAAUCCAGGCAAUAAAAGUGUUGUUGAGCGAAAAAGUGAUUAAAAAGAUAAAUGUCAAUGCCAAGAACAACAUGGGCUUAACAGCUUUGGACAUCUUUCAAGUACUUCCAAAGGAAUUAGACAAUAAAGAGAUCGGGAAUAUGCUAUGCGGAGCUAAAGCAUUAAGAGGAAUAUCUGUUAACCAUGAUCCCCUCAAAGAAAAACAUGAUCAUAUCACCAAAAACAAUCUCAAAAGAUUAACAUUUUCCAGAGGGAUGUUUGAUUGAUUGGUCAGAUUCUUUGCAGAACCAGUAAGAUUGGGAACCCUAAGGGCGAGGAACCCUAAUAAUUGUAGGGGACGAUGAGGGCGUGGAUUCAGAAUCCACGAUUUCUAUGUGUUCAGGAGUAGUCGAAGUGCUCAUGAUGCAAGAUCGAAAAGAUGAAGAACUAACCUGAUGAGA